AUGGUCAAAAUAUUAUUUCUGGUUGCUUUUACAGCUUCCAUUGUCACUCAACUGGAAAGUGCAAAUAUUUUGGGAAUCUUCUACUAUCCAAGUUAUAGUCAUCAAAUAGUUUAUCAACGACUAGUAAAAGAUUUAGCGAACCGUGGUCAUCAUUUGACAAUUUUAACUGCUGACAAAAUGGAUAGUAAACAUCCGAAUAUUUCAGAAAUAUAUAUGGAGAGCUCUUAUGAAGGAAAUAUUAACUUUGUUGAGAGCAGAAAGUCUGGUGGAUUAAAACUUUUCUAUGAUUUACUGAUGGCACAUUUUAAACGAAGUGAACUACAAAUGGAAAAUCCCAAAGUGAAAGAUUUAAUUAUUAAUCACAAGAAUUAUCAUUUUGAUGUUAUUCUUCUUGAGUAUUUGUUUAAAUCGCAUUUCAUUCAUUUUGGAGAGUUAUACAAUUGUCCAAUUAUUGGCAUAUCAGCUAUUGGAGUUGGAAUUCCAGUGCAUGAAUUAAUGGGCAAUCAAGUAAAUCCAUUGAUUCAUUCAGAAAUUAUGUUUCCAUAUCAACAUGGAAGAAUGAAAUUUAAAGAGAGAGUUUCCAGCUUCAUCUACUAUUUUGCAACGAAAUUCUUUCUCCAACCAAUCUUUGAAUAUGUUGGUUGGGAACAAGCAAAGAAAAUGUUCAUACUUAAGAAUUCAUCAGUUACUGCACAAGAACUUGAGGACCGAGUUGACUUGGUGUUUGUAAAUACAAACCCUUUGCUAGACUAUGUUCGACCCAUCACUCCAAAUACUAUUCAACUUGGAUUUAUGCAUGUUGAAACACCAAAACCAAUAAUUGGUGAGCUUAAGGAAUACUUAGAUUCGUCUCAAAACGGUAUCAUCUACAUGAGCUUGGGAUCAAAUGUGAAGUCAAAAGAUUUAACACCCGAAACCAAAACAAUUUUUCUGAACGUUUUUCGUAAAUUAUCGUAUGAUGUUCUGUGGAAGUUUGAAGAUGAUCGGUUAGCUAAUAAGUCAGACAAUGUAAAGAUCUCAAAAUGGCUUCCACAAACAGAUCUCUUAGCUCAUCCAAAUGUUAAGUUAUUUAUAACUCAGGGUGGUUUGAUGUCACUCGAGGAAUCAAUAGACCGCGAAAUGCCAAUGAUUGGUAUUCCAUUUCUUCUUGAUCAAUACCAAAAUACAUUGAAAGUUCAAGAAGAAGGAUUUGGUUUGUCUUUGGAUCUCGAAGAUGUCACUGAAGCGUCUCUUCAUAACGCUAUUACCGAAGUGAUGAAACCCAAGUACCGAGAAAAUAUCAAGAGGUUCAAGAAGCUCGUGUACGAUGAGCCUAUGACGAGUCGGGAAAAGGCUGUUUUUUGGACUGAAUACGUUAUUCGUAAUAAAGGAGCUAAAAAUUUAAAAUAUCCUGGAAGAUUACUUCCGUUCUACCAAAAAUGUGGACUUGAUGUAAUUGCAACAAUAAUCCUGACAGUUUAUUCCUUUUCAAAACUCUUAUCGUAUUUACGUAACAGUGUAAAAAGCAAUAAAAAGCUGAAGAUAUUGUAA